AUGGUAAUUGAUCCACAUAAUUACACCAGCGGGCGCUGGCUUCGCGGAGACAGUGCGGAGCGAAAGGCUCGCUACAUCGAGUUCGACUUUGGCGCCCUUUGUCGCAAAGUUCUCGAGGUAUCGCCCGAAGCAAGCACCAUUGUAAACUAUCAAAAGGUCGAAGGAGGCUUCAACCGGGUCUUCAUAUUUGAGUUGGACAAUACCAAACGUGUGGUUGCAAGACUUCCUUUCAAGCUUGCUGGCCCAGCACAGCUAACCACCGGUUCUGAAAUUGCCACAAUCAAAUAUCUACAAGCUAACACUACCAUCCCUAUACCAAGAAUACUCGACUGGAGUUACGAUGCAGCGAGUACCGAGAACACUAUCGGCAGCGAAUACAUAAUCAUGGAGCAUGCUCCUGGUAUUCAGUUACAUAAGCGGUGGGAAACAAUGCCUGGUGACCAGCGUGUUACAUGCAUAGACGCAAUAUACCGGAAGAUGAAAGAAGUGGUUGACCUACAAUUCCCGGCUUUCGGGAGUCUGUACUUCAGGAACAGUCGACUGUGUCCAGACAAUAACCAUGCACUUGAUGAAGAAUUCUGUAUCGGGUCACAUUGUGGUACCAGGUACUGGAACUGUGAGGCUGGAGGGAACAGGUCUCCAGGAACUAUGAGCCUAAAUCGGGGACCCUGGCAUAAUUUGGACGAAUACUCUGAAGGCCUUGUUGACGCUGGUCUCUCACAACUCCCUCCUGUGAACUCAGAUAUAGAGAGCAAGCCGUCCUAUUACGGCUCAGUCGAAACACACAAUGUCCUUCUAAGAAACACGCGAAGCCUGUUGAAACGCAUGUCUGGCGAUCCUCGAAUAAAGGCUUGUGCAACACCGCUAUUAUUCCAUCCAGACCUCCAUAAAAGGAACAUCUUUGUUUCGGAAGACGAUCCUUCCAUAAUUACCGGAAUCAUUGACUGGCAAGCUGCCAGCAUUGAGCCAGCCUUCUGGUACGCGGAUGAUGUACCCGAUUUUGCGAUGGGCAACGAAAUUUGUAAUAAAGCAUUUGAAGUCUGCACUGAAUUUCUUACACCUACGUUUUCAACCCCGAGGCUGAAGGAUCAGAAUUUAUUCCGCCCAUAUCGCUACAGCUACAGAACAUGGAAAGAUGGAGCUAUAGCUUUGCAGCACGAGUUGAUUGAGACAUCUCGUCACUGGGAAAAAUUGGGGUUUGCAGACCAGUGUCCUUUCCCUUUACCUCCGGCCACAGCACUUGCGACUCACCAGAAGGAAUAUAGACUUUUUGAAGCCGCACAGAAUCUUAGAUGUGGCCUGUCAGACUUGCUUAACACGGCCUCUGAUGGAUGGGUCCCAGUACAGGAAUGGGAAACGACGCAAGCUGCGCACAAAGAGCUUUUGGAUGGGAUGUUGCAAGUCGUCUUAAAUAAUGAAGACGCCGAUCCCGAUGAGCCUGUGAAGGACGAAGCAACACUCAGUCUGUCCAAGCCCCUUGAAGCUCGCCAUCACUGUCACAAUUUCACAGCCGACCACAAGAGCCUUGACACAGCAUACAUUCCAAAGAACCAGCCCUUUGGCUUAUGUCAUGGAAUGCCAAGUUACAUGGCUGAUGAAGUUAUUGGAGGCAACUCUUUGCAACACUUGAUGUCUGAUGACAGAUGCGAUAUAGUGACCGGGAGCGAUAGCUCAUUGUACUUGGUAGCAUGA